AUGCAUAUUGGUGGUGAUUGCUACGGCGGAUCUGAGGCUCUAUCGGUGCUGUUUGAUGUGUAUGGUGAUGAUGGUGUUGCCUCGCAGGAUUCUGGGGAUUUCUCUGAUGUCCGUCCCGAUGCUGGAUUUUAUGUUUGCCGUGAUGAACGUGUGGAUUUUCAACAUUCUCGUGUUCGGUUGGUCUGUUCUCUGGACUUGGGUGGGUAUGGUAACGAUGCGGAUGCCCAGGAUGAGCACGACGUGGUGCAUCUGGGGGAUUGGUAUUUUGGUGAUAAGGGCAGCCUGGUUUGGGCGGUUUAG